AUGCAUGCACGGAUUAGCUUUUCUCACCACGCCUCCAAGCCAUCGCACACACAAACCAAAGCAGAUUACCGCUUCUCCAACGCCACUUCCCUCAACUCGGGCUGGAGAGACUUCACCAAGCACGAGGAUCUGGACGCGGAGAAGCAUCUCAAGGACGAUUGCCUGACCAUCCUCUGCGACGUCACCGUCACCGGGCUGGACACCGAAGACCACGUCGAGGCUGCCGCACCGGAGCCUACUGUCGUGGAACCUCCGUUCGGCAUGCGUGGGCAACUCGCGGAAUUCAUCUGGAACAAGAAGGAAGUAGACGUGCAGAUCGACGUCGGCGGUGAGACGCUCCCCGCGCACCGGCGGAUACUCGAGGCCGCAUCACCCGUCUUCAAGGCGCACCUCACGCUCGCCUCGGCAACCACCGGCGGCGGCGGCGGCUGCAACACCGCCUUACUACGCGUCGACGACAUGGACGCCGAGGUGUUCAAGGCCCUGCUCCAGUUUAUAUACUUGGACUCGCCUCCCCGGCCCCUGGAGAAGACGAUGGCAGAGAGGCUGCUCGUCGCGGCGGACAGAUAUGAGCUGGAGAAGUUGAAGCUCAUCUGCGAGGCAGCGUUGUUGCGGCAUGUCGAUCGGAGCUCCGUGGCUGCUGCUCUAGCGUUGGCCGAGCGGCAUCAUUGCUCCGUGCUGAUGACCGCAUGCGUGCAGUUCCUCUCUUCUCCCGGUAACCUGGAAGCAUUCAUGGCAUCGGGUGGAUUUGCACAGCUAAAGACGGGUUGCCCCUCCGCUCUGUUGGAGCUCCUCGUCAAGAAGAUGAUGCGUGAAGAGCAAUUAUAG